AUGUGGAGAAUAUCAUCCCUUUGGAAACCGGCGGUGGUUAAUCAGAGAAACAAGAAGUCGGCCACAAUUCCAAUUUUGAAUGUGUUCGAUAUUUACGGACGGAAUUUUCUAUUCGCAUGGCUUGGAUUUUUGGUUUGCUUUUUGUCCUGGUUUGGAGUUCCUCCUCUUAUGACUAAAAUGAUCAAGCGUGAUUUGAAGCUUACAGCAGUUGACAUCGCCAAUAAUAACAUAUGUGGUUUGUCUGCCACUCUUUUGGGCCGGUUUGUUAUGGGCCCUGUGUGUGACAGAUACGGUCCACGUUGGGGAAUGAUCUCAAUCCUUUUGAUUGGUGCUAUCCCUACAGCGUUUAUGCCGUUAGUGAACAAUGUCUCCGGAUUGCAUGCAAUAAGAUUUUUCAUUAGUAUUUUAGGUUCAUCAUUUGUUUGUUGCGCUCAAUAUGUUAAUGCCUUUUUUGACAACAAUAUUAUCGGUACCGCCAAUGCAGUUGCUGCAGGUUGGGGAAAUUCCGGGGCUGGUAUUGCCUUUUUUGUCAUGCCUGCCAUUGCAAGUGCGCUUCUUAAUAACGAUGGCUAUUCUCUACACAAAGCUUGGUCUUUAUCCUUUGUUAUUGGUCCGUUCUUAAUAUUGCUGUUUGUCGCUUUCUUGCUUCUCUUUUUUGGACAAGAUUGCCCAAUGGGAAAAUGGUCGCGAAGGAGUGAUAUUCUCGGUGUUAAUCAGAACAACACGCUCAUUAAAACUGUUUCUCUCUCUAAGCACGGAAAAGUCCUUUCAAUUACGGCAUCUGCUGUUGGAGUGACUGGUGUCGAUGAUCCGGCUGCUGCUAAUAAGAUUUUGGUGAAUAAAGAUUCGAAUGAUGAAAAGAAAUACCUCAACGACGAAGCUCAGGAUAGCGAGGAAAACGACGUGGAUAUCGAAGACCUUAUCAGUAAGGAUGAAAUUAUCAGAGAUCCAACGUUUUGGGACGUUGCCAAAAUAUCAUUUGCACCCCGUACGCUUUUGUGUGCUUUGCCGUAUCUUACUACCUUUGGUACAGAGCUUGCUGUUGAAUCCAUCUUAUCCGCUUUGUAUGAACAGCAUGAAAAGUUAUGGCCGAUGAAAAAAGCGGGCGAUUGGGCAUCUAUGAUGGGCUUAUUAAAUGUUGUCACUAGACCUCUUGGAGGAUUUAUUUCAGAUAUUUUGUAUCAUCAUUUCAAAAGUACGAAAGCUAAAAAGUUCUGGAUGCUUUUCUGCGGUGUUGUGCAGGGUAUCUUUUUAAUCUGGAUAGGUUUUAGACCUCAUCUUAGUAUAGCUGGAUUAAUUACUGCACUUUCGUUCAUGGCAUUGUUUAUGGAGAUGGCCAAUGGUGCUAAUUUCGCUGUCGUUCCAUUCAUUAACAAAGCACAUACCGGAUUGAUUAGCGGAUCCACGGGUGCAUUCGGAAAUGCAGGUGGUAUUUUUUUCAGUUUGGUUUUCAGAUUUACUAUCGUUAACGGAAAAAACAACUACUUCAGAGGCUUUUGGAUCAUUGGAAUUUGUUCUAUCGUCGUGAACUUGGCUGUUUGCUUGAUUCCAAUCAGAGAGGAAAGACCAAAGAAAAUCAGAACUGAGAUGUCUUGUGCUUAA